AUGCGGUCAUCUGCUGGACAUUGUCAAGUGCUUCUGUGGGCCCGUCAGGCUGUGGAAGUUCCUGUUCAGGAUGUGGCAGUUCUUGUUCAGGAUGUGGAGGUUCUUGCCCCGGCUGCUCGGGAGGGUCAAGUGUUUCCGGGGGUCCUUGAGGCUGUGAAGGUCCUUGAUGUGGCUGCCAAAGGCCCUUGCCCUUCCGAGACUGUGAAGGCUCUUGGUCCGGCUGCCAAAGGCCUCUGGACAUCUGAGGCUGUUGUGGUUCUUGCUCUGGCUGCCAAAGGCCUUUGCCCUUCCGAGACUGUGACGGCUCUUGUUUUGGCUGCUCGGGAGGGUCAAGUGUUCCUCUCGGCAUUCGUGACUGUGAAGGCCCUUGGUCGGGCUGCCAAAGAUCUCUGGGCAUCUGAGGCUGUUGUGGCCCUUGCCCUGGCUGCUCAGAAGGGUCAAAUGUUCCUUCGAGCCUUUGAGGCUGUGACGGCCCUUGCUCUGGCUGCUUGCCCUUCCAAGGCUGUGAAGCCAUCUUGCGGAAUUUGUAGAGAUGAGAUCUUUGGGUGGGGUGGAGUCUACUGA